AUGCAGGGGCUCAAACCAAUAGUUUCCACUGAAUCCCCAGCUCUGAUUUUUGGGACAACAAGUAAACUUGCUUCAGAUUUACCAGCAACUGAUUCUUUCUUGGGUAAAAACAAGGUGCCAGACCUACAGAAACUUUUUCAGAAAGCAGAUGGACUGCCAGUACACCUGAAACGAGGCGUUCCAGAUAAGCUGCUUUAUCGGACCACUAUGGCUCUAACAAUAGGAGGGACUAUCUACUGUCUAGUAGCACUGUACAUGGCCUCACAACCAAGAAACCAAAAGUAAAUGAACCACAACUCAUGGGACUCGUGACACUUCUCUGAAGGACCUCCUGCAUGUAUCUCUGUGCACUUGCUUUAAUUCUAUGAUCAUAUAGGGUUCAUCAUUCAGAUCAAAUUUCUUGGAGAAAAUGUUUUUAAAUCGGUUGCCUUAUGUGUUCUAGAAAUCAAUAUAAACAGACUUAAAGACAGCAUCUUGACAUAUGGUUGUAGCUUUGCGUUUGUUGCCUUACAGGAAUGUAUGAACAGUUGGAGAAAGUUAAGUUUUUCCUUCUUUCCCUCCCCCAACUUAAUGUUAGAGA